AUGGAUAAAGAAGCAUCGCAGGCGCGUUGGAUAGGCGCCCUUGAUCCAGUCAUCGAAAAGUCUUGUGAGCACCUUGCAAUGGAGUUAUACUUUUGGGCAAUUGACUAUGCCAUCGGAGAUGUCAAAACUGUCGACGCAAGGCUGUCAGCAAGUGAGAAGCAGAGCAUCAUCGCUGCGCUGGAUGGAUACUGUAAGCAGGAAGAUUGGGAGUCUUUGAUGAAACGUUUUCCAGCCAAGAUUCAAAAGAGCAUCCUUCAGCUCUUUGCUCACACACUCUGGACCAAGCAUCUCUUUGAAGAUGUCUUCAUGAAGCCCUUUCUCUACUUUGACUUUUAUGAGCAGGAAGAAAUGACCAGCACCGCGGGCAAACCAGACACCUCGCUUCCGACAAAACUACAGAACAUGUAUCACAUGUUCCGAACAGUUGAUGAGGCCCAGGCCGAAGUAUGGCGAAGUGACACGGUUCGCCUUGCAAACUCAAUCGUUCCGUUGAACGAUGAGGUAAAACGGGACGGCAAGACUUCAGUUGUGGGCCCGGGAGCACUAAUCCUGGGAGAGAGGAGCAAACAAGCAAGAAGUUCCGCGGUUGAACGACUUGUUUCCAAUAUUCUUGACGGUCCGAUGCGGCACAUGUUGCGUAAACUCUCCAGCCCGAAAGAAGCCGAUCGACGGAGCCAGGUCAUUAUUGACAUCUAUUGCCGUAUAGCUGAACUGGCAACCACAUGCUGGGCCGACAGGUCACUGUGGGAGAUCCGCGGUCUCGACAAAGUGGGCCACUUCCAUUGGCAUCCGGAGACGCUGAAGCUGCACCACUUCCAGUUUGUGGAGAAAAAUGACCCUAGGCUGGAUGGUAAAGCUGUCCUGGUCGUUAUUCAACCCCCUCUAUACCGCUGGGGAGGACGGGACCGUCAAUUCGAUAUUGAUAGGAUGAUAGCAAAGGGGCUGGUAGUAGUGGAAGAUCCUGUCUCAACUUGA